UAAGUGACAGUUGUUUUUCAGUAAGUUGCGAUUUGUAAAUCAGUGUUGUUUAAUUUAUUUUUUCAUUAACAUUAGGCGUUUGAUUAACAUUAAGAAUUUCCGGUGUUUGGUUGUGGUUAAAGUCACGGCUACCAACCAGUCGAAAGUGGCUAUGGAAACAACAAUUUUAAUUUUUAGAUGGCUGAAUGGUUAAAAGAACCCAUUCAGUGGAAAGGCGACCACAAAUCCAUCCUUUUAUCGCCAGACAACAGAACCGAACCCACCUCUGAUCUCACCAUAGAGCAAUUAAUGGCAAAUAGCUCCUCAUUCCCGGUCAAAUUUCCCAUAGAGACCACCCGCUGCUGGAAACUCAAGGACAAAACAUCCGCGGAAAUCCUCGAAACAAACAUAAAUUCAGCCUACCCCCUAAUUCACGAAUAUGGCCUCUACCUCUGUUCCACGUUUCUUCUUUACCAGAAAACCUCCGGCCUGUGUAAAGAGUUCUACAAAAAAAUGUCUUUGGUCCAGUUGAUCGACAGGCUGUUGAAGAAAAGAGCCGUCAUGUUCUUGGACCCGUCAGACCGUUACAAGUUGUUGAGUGGAGAAACUGGAAUGGGAGAUUGGGAGAGUAUUGGAACGACCGACGAAAAACCACCUCUAGUUUUGGAGAACUGUCUAAGCUAUGACGAAAUUAAAUUGUCAGCUUUGUUGUCGGUGUCGUCGAGGAGCUAUUUUAUCAAUGAUGGUGAUAGGAACAACGAGGGGAAGUUCGAAACCGAUAGAAGCAAGGUGGAGGAAUAUGGGGUAGUUGUGGGAGUGAUUGGGACGCGACUGGAAAAGCCGAAAGUUAUGGAAUAUCGGGAAAUAGUAAAAUCCAAAGAACAGAAUAACGAAAGAAAUGGAUAUGGGGUUGGUUGCGUUUCGUUACAAAAUGAAUUUCUGAACUUCUAUGGUGAUGAAUGUGGGACUUAUGAAGAUUUGGUGGAGCGCAUGAAAAAUUUAGAGGACAGAUAUACAGAUUUGGGUAGAGGCAGAUUCUUUGAUACCCUCAUGUACGAGAGAAGGAUGGCCAUAUCCUUUGACACCCUUUUACUAGAAGCCAAUCACAGAGCUAAACAGGAAUCCAAGAUGGCGUACAUCCAUCUAGUGGGGAUCGGGCUAGGAGUGUGGAAGUUGUAUGACCGACAAAACCAACUUUUCUUGAACACGUGUGCUCACAGAUUAGAAUUGCUUUCUGAUGUUCUUACAAACGUGAGUGAUGUUCGGUUUGCUUAUAUUCGGAAAGGAAAAACAGCCGGGCACUACAGAGCCGGUGCUAAAAUCAAAGGGAUUAAGAUACACAUGGUCGAUAAAAACCCACAGGAGAAGCUAAAAGAACAGGACCAGGGGAAAUUGCUGGUGGUGUCGUACGCGUGGGAUGGUAAUGCCUUACCCGGAAAUGAAUUUUGGGGUGGGAGUUUAAGCGGGAGUGGGGAUCCCGCCGCCGCGUGUUCUACGCAGGUGGCAGAACUGCACAAUAGUCACAUUAACGGGACAGUUUGUGGGGGGAGACUGAGAGUGGCCACUUCCAAGGGAGUGGUAACGUUCCAAGAAUAUCAGAGUCUACAUAAGGACGACUGAUUACGUUACGUUAUGCAUUUAGUGUGUUUUUUAUGACCCAAGAAAAUAAAAUAUUUAUAGUUGUUUCUAACGUU